GCGCCGCCAGCUCUGGAGGCACUGCUUUGUGCAGGAUUUGUGAUCCUUCGAAGCUGCUGUCCAUCUGGAGAUCGGUACUUGUUGCCCAGCCUGCCUGUCAGCUUCUACGUUGUGCUGCCAAAGUGGCUAAGCGAUGAGACUCAGUGGCGCGUGGACCAUGGUGCUUGGCUCCCUCGUCGCAUGCUCUGCCGACUCCUGUGCAGUGCUAAGCCCUCGUGGGAGGACUCUUUGAACUUCGAGGACAACGGGCGGGCUGUGAAGAUCCUCUUUGAAAACCAGGGCCCAGUGCGCGUGGCGAAGGCGAAUCAGGGCCUGUCCCUGACCGUGGAUUUCGCCAGAGAGCCAACUGCUGUGCUCCGUAGCUCGACACGGUCAUCCGGCGGCAGCGCCGCCACACCUCUAGCAGGACUCGUGCGGCGGGUCUCCGGGGACUCCUCCGGCCUCGGGCGCCUGGACUCACUGCAGGCCGUGUCCCUGGCCGAGCUGAUCCGAAAAGAGCUCGGGAGGUCUAUCUCGGUGGCGGACGUCCUGCGAUGUACCACUGUCGAGGAACUCGGUGCAGCGCUCAAGGACGCCUGCAGCUUUCAGGAGGCCGUUGACUGCGCCGGGCAGCCGGAUUCAGAUGGAAACUACAGGGUGUUCGUCCUGCAGUUCCCCAGGCAUCCUGUAGAUUGGUGCCUUCGCUACACGGGCGAAGGCCACCUGGAUGUGGACGCCAUGCAGCGCGCUGUGAAUCGCUUGGUGGCGAGGCACAGCGCACUCCGAAUGCGGGAGACCCCGGACGAGCCCGUUCGCGAAGCCAUUGACAAGGCUGCUGGCAUAUGGCAAUUGUGGAACAGCUCUGUUGGCUCGGAUGCCGUUUGGUGGACGCGGCUUCGCGGCUACAUCUCUGCUGCUUUGUUUGCUUGCUGGCCACGAAGCAUCAUCGGCAGCGCUGAGGACACACUUCUGGAGGUCCGAAUCCCUCAGCUGAUGGAAGGAAGAGUAAGGCUACCACGCUGGGACUGGGCCACGCACGACCAGUACGUACAUGGGGCCAUCACGGAUCUCCUGCAGCCACGCCGUUGGCCGGCAGAUGUGGCCGUGCUGCCCCUCUUCAAGGGCGAGGCUCCCGAGCACACCACCACCCUCGAGGCAGCAUUAUCGAAGUCUCCCUCCGAGAUCGCGUGGUAUGUCUAUGUCAGCAUCACCCAUGCCUACUCCGACGGAUUGUCGGGUCAGGCGCUUUUCGCAGACCUGCUCCGCUUCUAUGAGGAGGAGGCUGGUGCCUUGGAGCCCAAGGAGCUCAGGCCCGAGGAGCCCCUCGCGCUCUUGCAGAGACGGCUCCGGAGGUCCUUAGAAGGGCGCACGCCGGAAACCGUGCCGGCGCCCAACGACGAUCUCUACCACGAGUCGAUCUGCGAAGACUGGGGCCGCCGAAGCGGAUUGUCCCGGCGGGUUUUCUUUGAGCCCAUCGUGACACGGAGCCUCCGAAACGCGGCGCAGGGAGUGUAUGGCUGCAGUGUCGACCUCGCAUGGCUGACCGCCAUCAUGUGUGCAAUGUUGCGGCUCUUCCCUCACGAGCCGCGGAUGAUGCUUGUUGUCAAGGCUUCUUGCCGCGACGGGGAGGGUCAGGGGCGGAUGGUUGGAUUCUUGUCAGAGGCACGAGUCAUUACCAUCGAUGUCGGGGACGUAGAGUCUGCAACGAUUCUGGACGUCCACCAUCGCAUCCACAGCGUGCGUGUGGGGCGGACAUGGAGGGCUCCCGAACCUUUCGAGUUUGGUCUUUGCGUCUAUGUGAACAUCGUCUCCGCCAUGGCUGAGAGCCUUCCUCCUGGCUUCCGCCAUGUGUGCAAGGAGGCUUUCCCGCCAAGCAACUGGAAAGGAUCUGCCUACUCGCACUUGAACAUCCGGAUAGAUCAGCUCAAGCUUGAUGAUUGGGAUUUCCGGAUUUUCCACUACGAUGCAGCUUGGGGUUGGGACUGGGCCACCAACUUCGCGCACAGUGUUGGAGACGUCAUCCGUCGAAUGGUUGAAGAGCCUUUGGCCUCGUUGUUGCCAGAAGACGUUCCGGCAGCGGAGAACCAAGCUGCCGCCAAGCGCACUCGUGAGGACCAGCUCGAGCAGGAGAGGUCCCGUUCCAAGUCUUUGAGAGUGCGGUGA